AUGGCUCCUACGUUGUUAUGGAUCGGCCUUGGAAAUAUGGGGAGGGGCAUGAGCAAGAAUAUCGUCGAGAAGGGUAAUAUGGAUGGGCCCCUCCUUCUGUACAACCGAUCGACCAAGAGGACAACAGACUUCAGUGCUACCCUCCCUGCCGGCAAGACCGAAGUCAUCGAGUCACUUGCCGAUGGUGUCGCAAGAGCAGACAUCAUCUUCUCUUGUAUUGCAAACGAUGAGGCUGUGCAAGAGACUUAUAAGACAAUGCUUGAGAGUGAUGUCAAGGGCAAGCUCUUCAUUGAGAGUUCAACCAUCCACCCGGAGACAACCGAAGCCAUUGCGAAAAUUGUUACGGACAAGGGAGCUGAGUUCGUUGCUGCACCUGUGUUUGGUGCUCCUCAGAUGGCCGACGCUGGUCAGCUUGUUGGAGUGCUCGCUGGACCUGCCGCCAGCGUCACAAAGGCAAAGGCAUGGUUCAAGGGCGUCACCUCCAAGGCCGAUAUUGACCUUUCGGACCAGCCAUACAGCAAGGCUUUGACUCUCAAGGUCCUCGGAAACACCUUUAUCUUGAACAUGGCGGAGCAGCUCGCCGAGGCUCAUGUUGCGGCAGAAAAGACAGGGCUGGGUACUGAGGCUAUCCAUCAAUUCGUUCAGUCGGUUUUCGGAGGACCUUAUGCCGCUUAUAGCGAACGCAUGCUAACAGGCGAUUACUACAAGCGAGAGGAGCCCCUCUUUGCCGUAGAGCUGGCAAGAAAGGAUGCGCGUCAUGCAAUGAAUCUGGCUAAAUCUGCUGGCGUUCAAUUGCGGAAUGUUGAAGCUGCGGACGCGCAUUUGGCGAUGGCCUAUGACCAUAUUGGUUCAUCUGCCGACAUGGCUGGUAUAUAUGGAGCUGUUCGUAAAGAGUCCGGUCUCAAGAUGCCCAUCAUUGAUAACUUUCACUUUACUGGUCUAGGAUACGCCGUUUUCAUCGGCCUCGCUGUCGUCGGCGCCCUGUGCGUUGCCUCGUGGUUCCUUGCUCCCAAGGGUGAAAACCAAGUGUCAGUAAACCCUUCCCCGCCGAUGCGAUUCCUCCCUGGCCGGUCGCGAUGUAGCAUAGCUGACAUGUACCCUCACAGACUCUGGCGAUCCUCUACUAUCCUAGCCAUCGUUUGCUGCUAUCUCAUGUGGGCUAUCACGUUCCUCGCCCAACUCCAUCCCCUUAUUGCGCCCAGAAAAAGCGGCAUCCGCGAAGAGUACCUCGAUUAG